AUGGUCCAUUUCAGAUCGCUGCUUUUACCUCUGUUGUAUCUGAGCCCUGCGCUGGCAGACUUUGCAGAUAAUGCAAAUACGGCUAUCAAAACAUUGCAGGACACAUGGUACAAUGUUGACACCGGCCUUUGGGACGACCUCUGGUGGCAAUCCGGCAACAUGGUAGAAACGAUUGCGCGAUUCGGACAACGCGACUCAUCGUUCAAGCAAGCAGCAAUCGACAUCAUCUCCAACACAUACGCAAAGUCCAGCAAUCAGCACGGCCACAAAGCCUGGAAAAACGAGUUUUACGACGACAUGGGCUGGUGGGCUAUGGGAUGGAUUGCCUCCUACGAUCUCACCGGUGACCACAAGUUCCUCAACACCGCCAAAGAUCUCUUCGAAGACAUGACCGGCGGCUGGAACACGCCCUGCAACGGCGGCAUCUGGUGGAACAAGCAACACGACUCCAUCGCCGCGAUAUCCAACGAGCUCUUCCUCUCCGUCGCCGCGCAUCUCGCAAACCGUGCGAACGGUGCGGAGAAAGCCCACUACCAGAACUGGGCGCAAAUGGAAUGGGACUGGUUCUCCGAGUCGGGCGUCAUCAACGCAGACAGGCUCAUAAACGACGGCAUCGACAAGUCUUCCUGCAAAAACGACGGGAGAAACACAUUCACAUACAACCAAGGCGUUAUUCUUGCCGGCUUGUCCGAACUCGCUAGAGCAAAAGGUGACGGCGACCUCAUCCAACACGCCUACAACAUCGCCAAUGCGGUUAUCUCGCGCCUCACGAAGGAUAACAAUAUCCUCAAUGAGCCCGUGGGCAAUGUUCUCGACAUCCAAAGCGCGCUGUUCAAGGGCGUGUUCGUGAGGGGGUUGUCGGUGUUGAAUGAGAAUAAGCCGCAACAAGCAUAUACCGACUUUCUGAAGAACAAUGCUAAUGCGGCUUGGUCGCGGGCAAGGAAGAGCAAUGGUGUUAUUGCGGAAAAGUGGCAGGGUGGCUCAAACAAUGCUAAUGCGGCGAGCCAUGCUGCGGGGAUCGAUGUCCUGGUUGCUGCCAGUCGCUUAGGUUGA